AUGUCAUGGGCAUUCUUUCCUCCUGUGCCACAUGAGGCUCUCGAGAAUCUCCGCAGUGAGGUCCACUUGGUCACCGAAGGGUCAUUUGAAUGGAGCCGGCCAAAAAUCAACAAGAUGAACAGCAAACAAGCAUUCACAGUUAUUGAAUCACCAGACUUGCAACAAUUGUUCAAGGAUAUACCAGGAAUUUCACUUCCAUUUACCUCUCGAAAUACACUUCGAGAGCCUCUUCUAGAAGACUUCAACUUACAACGUGCUAAGUUGAAAGAAGAGCUUGCGACUACAUGCCAAACAAUCGCUCUAUCCCUUGAUGUAUGGACCAGCAAGAACCAUAUCCCAAUCCUGGGUGUCAUUGGCCAUUGGCUUACAGAAGACUUUGACUAUCGAGAGAAAGUCCUUGAAUUCAAAGAGCUCUAUGGUCCCCCUAGUGGAGAGUACUUGGCCGCAGCUAUUCAAGCUCUACUUGUUGAACUGAAUCUUGAGCGUAAGCUGCUCUCGAUUACUGAUAAUGCUAGUAAUAAUGAGCGGAUGGCGAUACAACUAUGCGAUAACCUAAAAAAUUCAUCUGGGACCAAUUCCUUAUUCCGUGGUUUGGAUAGUUAUAUAAGAUGCUUGGCUUAUAUCAUCAAUCUCAUUGUGGAGGAUAUUCUACUGGCUCUGAAGUCGGGAAAUACAGAAGAAGCUGCUUCUAUCUAUAAUAACAUUGAUAAUGCGGAACACCAGUCAUUUGAAUUCCAAAUUAUUGAACCUCUUGCAAAGCUUCGAAUCCAAGCUCUCUGGAUUCAACGGAGUCUACAGCGACGGCAAUCAUGGAACGAUGCUUGCAAUCGGAUGAACUUAUCAAAUAACUUCAUCGAGUAUGAUUCAAAGCGACAGCUAGAGACGUUUAUCUAUUAUGAGACUAGCUUCCUUUCCUUCUCACCGGAAGACUGGAUACGGCUUUCCCAUAUCCACAAUGUUCUCUCAAAAUUCAAUGAGUUUACAUUGUUUGUCUCGGAGAAAAGGCCACAGAUCAGUCUCGUUCUACCAAUAUACUACGAGCACCACGAUUUACUUCAUGAUGUAGCUGAGCGCAAGGAAGAUUUUGCAGAUCUUGCAGAGAAUAUUGCAAGUGCUGUUGGUGGGAGUAUCAAGAAGUAUAUCAAGUACUAUACUUUCAUGGAUGCCUCUGAUCUAUACUACACUGCACUAGUCUUGGAUCCUCGUGUGAAAGGAGCUCUCCUCCUAAAUGAGUUUAGUGAAGAGACUGCUGGGAGGGCCAUUCUUCAAACUCUCCGUGAUUAUCUUCACCGCAAAUAUCCUGGGACUACCGAACCACUUGUGCUCGGGCUGAAGUAA